UUCCAAUGGAAAAACCAAACAACACCAUCACAGAUGUUUUAGAGGGGAUAGUGACGGAGAUACUAGUGAGGUUACCAUUGAGAAGCAUCUCCAGAUUCAAAUCAGUGAGUCAAACAUGGAAAUCGGCAAUAGAAUCUGUGUAUUUCCGACGUCUCUUUGUGUCUCUGCACCAAAACACCUCUUCAAGUUGGUCACUACUGCUCCGAAAAGAAGAAUUCAUAGACUUCCAUGGAUGCGGGACAUGGGGUCUCCCAAAGUCGUUAGGUUCUUAUAUUCAAUGUAUGGAACUAGACGGUAAAUUCGAAUAUAUGUGGUUUUCCGGUUCCAAUGGAUUGAUUUUGAUGCAUAGAAAGUUGGGUACUUGGAAAAAUUAUGUGGGUAAUCCAGUAUUACAACAGUGGGUUGAAAUCCCUGCCUGUCCAGGUUCAUAUACUUUCUUUUGUGGUGUGGUGACGGGUGUUGACGAGGUGGGUGUUGUUUUGAGCUUCAAAGUGGUUAAGAGUGGUAAUAUGUUUCUUAAUAAAGGUGAAAUGUAUAUGCCUUUAUAUGUGUAUUCGUCUGAGACAGGCUUUUGGAUUCACAAAGAAGUUGUAUGCCCUGUUCGCUUACCCAACUUCUAUGACCCUAUUAGUUUGAAUGGGACGCUUUAUUUUUCGCAACGGGGGGAUUCUUAUAAUCGUAGGCCAGGACUUAUGGUUCUCGAUUUCUAUGGUAAACCCAAAGAUUGUCACUUUAUACCGCUCCCCGAUCAUGCUUUGAAUCGCAACAAAACAUGUUUGGCUACAUCCAGCGGUUUUGUCAUGUAUAUCAAAACAUUAGCUCAACCGGGAGGUAAUCUUUUGAAGGUUUGGAGGUUGAUUGAUGAUUCAGCUUGGCAACUUAUGUGGGAAGUCAGCAUCCCAUUUAUUGGAUGUUAUGCACCCAUGUCAAUGCAUCCGUUUGAUCGCAAUAUUGUCUAUUUAUGGAGCCAUGAUAACUGUUAUUUAAUGUCAUUUAACUUGCAGACACAAAACUACAAAAUCUUCGGAGAUGAGUCAAAACAUCAUGAUUGCUAUAUCAACCAUCGUACUUGUGAGAAACAUAUGUAUAAGAUUUCUAGACCAUACUCGGUUUCAGAGUAUGAAGGUCCUAUCAUCUUACAACAAUGGGUGCUCUCAAGGUGGAUGCAAUCAGUGCCUCGUCCUCCCGAAGUUGAGAUGAUAGAUACAACUUCACUACUUUCUCUUGUAGUAAAGAAUGAAGAAUAAAGAUGAAGAAAAAUAGUAAUUAGAAUUGUAAAAGUAAAAAUUAUAUCUUAAUAUCUAUAGUAAUUCUUUAUUUUUGUUUUCUAUAGCAUGGAAUGGAUUCAUGAUUUUUUUUGGUUUCUUAAUACUUUUAGACU